GCCGGCAACGGGGCGGGGCCCGGGGAGCCGCCGCCAUGUUGGCCGUGCCGCUGCGUUGUGCUCGCAGAGGCUGAGCUUUGUUGUGGUGAGCAGGGAACCCCUGAGCCUGUUUGGUGUCACAGGCGCGCAUUUCUAACGGGGAUUGCGGCCAUGGCCACGGUGGGAACACCCGACCCCCCCAGCGUCCCUCGUCACACCAACCGCCUGAUUAAUGAAAGGUCCCCGUACCUCCUGCAGCAUGCCCACAACCCCGUGGAUUGGUACCCUUGGGGUCAGGAAGCCUUUGAUAAAGCAAAGACAGAAAACAAACUGAUAUUCCUGUCAGUUGGCUACUCCACCUGCCACUGGUGCCAUGUCAUGGAGGAGGAGUCCUUCAAGAGCAAGGAGAUUGGGGACAUCAUGAAUGAGCACUUCGUAUGCAUCAAAGUGGAUCGUGAGGAGCGGCCAGAUGUGGACAAAGUCUACAUGACAUUUGUGCAGGCCACCAGUGGUGGAGGUGGUUGGCCCAUGAGUGUCUGGCUGACCCCAGACCUCAAGCCCUUUGCUGGAGGGACGUAUUUCCCUCCUGAGGACGGAGUUCAUCGUGUUGGUUUUCGGACUGUGCUGCUCCGGAUCGCAGAGCAGUGGAAGGAGAACAAAGAUGCCCUGUUGGAGAGCAGCCAGAGGAUUCUGGAAGCAUUGCGACACACAUCAGAGAUUCAUGUGCAGGGCCAGGAGUCACCCCCACCAGCCGAAGAGGUGAUGGACACCUGUUUCCAGCAGCUCUCCAGAUCCUAUGAUGAGGACUAUGGUGGAUUUUCCAAAUCCCCCAAGUUCCCCACCCCAGUGAAUUUGAAUUUCCUGUUCACGUACUGGGCCCUGCACCAAACAACUCCAGAAGGUGCCCGGGCACUGCAGAUGGCUCUGCAUACCCUCAAGAUGAUGGCCCAUGGGGGCAUCCACGACCACAUUGGUCAGGGAUUUCACCGCUACUCCACCGACCAGCAGUGGCAUGUUCCUCACUUUGAGAAGAUGCUCUAUGACCAGGGGCAGCUGGCAGCUAUAUACAGCAGGGCCUUCCAGAUCUCUGGUGAUGAAUUCUUUGCUGAUGUUGUCCGAGACAUUCUGCUCUACGUCUCACGUGACCUGAGCGACCAGGCAGGAGGUUUCUACAGUGCAGAAGAUGCAGAUUCCUACCCGACCACUACAUCUAGAGAGAAGCGAGAAGGAGCUUUCUGUGUGUGGACAGCCAAGGAGCUCCGGGCUCUCCUCCCUGACCCUGUUGAGGGGGCCACAGAGGGGACAACCUUGGGAGAUGUCUUCAUGCACCACUAUGGAGUGGAAGAGGCUGGCAACGUGGACCCCAUGAAGGACCCCCAUCAGGAGCUGAAGGGAAAGAACGUCCUCAUUGCCCGCUGCCCCCUGGAGCUGACGGCAGCUCAAUUCAGGCUGGAGCCAGGCCGCCUGAGUGCCCUGCUGCAGGAAUGCCAGCAGAGACUGUCCUCAGCCCGGGCACAGCGGCCACGGCCACACCUGGACACCAAGAUGCUGGCAGCAUGGAAUGGGCUGAUGAUCUCAGGCUUUGCCCAGGCUGGGGCUACCCUGGCCGAGCCUGGAUAUGUGAGCAGGGCUGCACAGGCAGCUGCCUUCCUGAGGACACACCUUUUCGACCCCGACAGUGGGAGGCUGCUGCGGAGCUGCUACCAGGGCAAGCACAACUCAGUGGAGCAGAAUGCUGUGCCCAUCCAGGGCUUCCUGGAGGACUAUGUCUUUGUCAUCCAGGCACUUUUUGACCUGUAUGAAGCCUCACUGGAGCAGGGCUGGCUGGAGUGGGCCCUUCAUCUCCAGCACAUGCAAGACAAGCUCUUCUGGGACCCUAAAGGCUUUGCUUAUUUCUCCACUGAGGGCAGUGAUCCCUCUCUUCUCCUGCGUCUCAAGGAUGACCAAGAUGGAGCAGAACCCACUCCUAACUCUGUCGCUGUCACAAACCUGCUCCGAGCAGCUUGUUACUCUGGUCAUAUGGACUGGGUGGAAAAAGCAGGCAAGAUCUUGUCUGCCUUCUCAGAGAGGCUGCAGAAGAUCCCAAUAACCCUCCCAGAGAUGGUCCGGGCUACUGCUGUCUUCCAUCGCACCCUCAAACAGGUCGUCAUCUGUGGGGACCCCCAAGGAGAAGACACCAGAGAGAUGCUGCAUUGCGUCCGCUCUGUCUUCAGCCCAAACAAGGUGCUGAUGGUCGCAGAUGGAGACAGCGCUGGGUUCCUCUACCACCAGCUGCCUUUCCUUGCAUCCCUGGAGAGGAAGGAUGGGAAAGCCACUGCCUAUAUCUGCAGCAACUUCACCUGCUCCCUGCCUGUCACCUCUGCCCAGGAGCUGCGUGGGAUGCUCAGCCCAUGAGCCCCUCAUUCCUGCUGCCUGUGGGAAGGGAAGAGUGGGACAGACUGGCAUGGGAACAUGGGAGAACCCCAUAAGAGAGGCAACCUGAGCACUAUCCCAGAUGAUUCCUAGCAGUGCAGUUGGGCUGUGCCAUUCUGCACCUGCAGCAGGUCAGGGUCUGCUUGUACUGUUGUUUCAACACUGUCUCAGCACAACCGA